UAAACAACGCGCAACAGCGGUAGCGGGCUACUGGCGGGCUGCCGACGGAAUUUCCGCAGCGUUUCCGUGGCGGCUUCAGGCACCUGUUGCUUUGUUUUAAUACGUUUUCAGACUUACAAAGUUUGAGUUCUUUUCCCAGUGGCAGUUUCUGUGGACCUCAGGGGCCAUUUCAGUUACUUAUUUCUCCUGGCUACGACACACAGCAGGGAUGUCCCUACACAGCCUAUCAAAACUCGCAUUAUUUUGCGGGGGCAGGAACCUGCCACGCACCACAUCGUAGUGCUGGAAAUCGCUUCGGUUGCUAUUGCCGCAUUGAUGCCUGACAGGCCGAUUAUGGCUUACCCCCGACUCCCCGAGCCGAGCUCUGCCGAGCUCACACUAAACAACUUCCAAGACAUUCCGAUCAGUGCAGUCGGUCUGAAGUGUCGCGCCAUACUUGCCAUGCGCCUUGACGUGCCACAGCUGCUUCUGGGGCCGUCGGGGCAUCGCGAUUGGCGAGGGCUGGCACUGCUGGUGGGCCUUAGUUGUGACGAGGUGGAGCUCCUUAAGGAGCAAGGCAAAAGCCCCACAGCAUCUCUCCUGGAACAGUGGGAUGCACGGUCGGGCCAGCACCUGGCAACUGUCGGCCGGCUCAUGCAGCACCUUAUGUGCCUCGAGAGAUACGACGUUCUUGAAGACACCAGAGCAGAGCUUCGACAAGACAUAGAAUUCUACCGAAAAAAGCAGUCUGGUGGGCAUUCAGAUGUUGUUCAAGGUCCAAUAGACAAGUCAUCAAUGAGGACACCAAUCUAUGAUGCAUUUGUCUGCUAUACAUCAGAAGAUUGGCCCUUUGUUGAGGUGCUUGUCGACAAACUGGAAUCUUUGGGUCUACGUCUAUUCUUGCCCAAGAGAGAUUUAAAAGCAGGUGUCCUUCAAUACUCUACAUUUUAUGAACUCAUGGAGAAAUGGUGCAAGAAAACAAUCAUUGUAUUUUCACCCGACUUCCUCCGGUCACAAGAGUGUCGUGUGCAGCAAAGAUUCAUCGAAAGCAUAAACAUUGAGCAAGCGCAGCAGAAGCUGAUACCAGUCAUCAUCAAGCAGUGUGCGUUGGAUGGCACAAUCCGAAUGAUCUCCAAGAUCAACCUCUGCGAUGACACUUCUAAGCUAGCCGAGUGGGGCUGGAAGAAGCUGAUCGAGUCAGUCCGGUGCCAGGGAAACUCGCUGUUCGUCAGUGCACCACACUCUUGCAUCUUGCCAGCUGCCCCGUCAUCGCUCGCAAUCCCUGCUUCUCUCGUCGUGAGCAGCGUGCCCACACCCAGGAAGCUGGCGACAGCUGUGCACACGAGAACACACACGAAAGACGUGCAGGACGUCAUACCUGCCACAAGUUCAACAAAAAGCAAGCCUGGGUGGCUAAGAUUCUUUGGUAGGAAAAAGGCAAGCAGUGUGUCAAGUGAUUCGAGCGGGUUCCAGAGCAUGGCUUCACCAGAGUGACUUAGCGGUGAUGUUGCCACGAUUUGCCAAUGGAUGUGUGGGGCCACAUGAGCAGGACGAGAAAGAUGGACGGAUCUUUAAUGCCGCAAGACUGUGCUUUAAUACAGCUGACUUGGUGUGUUAGUCAGUUGCUCUUGCCUCGUGUGCACCCUGGAAUAAAAUGUGGCUAUGGUUACCUCACUGCCAACCUCAACAGAUGCGGUAGUUCAGUUGUCCAAUCUAUCUAGCACUAAAGCAUUAAUAAAUUAAUUUACCAUAUUUGCACUAUUUUAACGCACCACCAAUUGUAACGUGCAAUUAUGAGGUUACGCUCACGUUCGGCUGCGACGGAGUGAACGUCGUCUCUGACGGUAUGGCCGCAGUCCGCCGUUGUUGCUUGCGUUCGAUGUCUCAAGUUUGCUCGGCGGCGUGGUUUGUAGCAUUUGACUGCCAUUACCGCUUGCAAUUUUUCUAAAUUGCAAGCGAAUUGCUUCGAAAUUAAAUCUGUUCGUUACGUAAGACAAUGAAUAGCUCAUACCCCGUAAAUGCAGCCUCCCUAUUAUGACGACAGAAGAGAAGUGAAAUUCUACGCUGAAAUGUGAGUGGCAAUGCAGCCAGCUGUGAAAGAAGGCGAUGGCGACGAACACUGGAGCAGUGGCACAAGCGCGUGCCGAGCACAAGCCAGCUGUGGAAGAAGACGACGACGCUUGAGCCAAUGCUCAUGUUGAUAGUUUUCUGUACACAGGCGUUUUCGCCUAGCCAUAUAUGAUUUGGCCUAGACAUAUAAAACUUCGUUUUAAAAAAUAACUUGGUGCUGAUUCUACUGCGCACACCAAGUAACGAAACAUGAGUUGACACGUACCGUGUUGAAAUGAUUUUAUGGAACAAACAAGACACGCAGCUGUAUCAUAGUGGCUAGCUGCUAUCGGAGUCGGACAACACUUAUUUUUCGCUGUCUGCCGACCACAGAAAGUCAUCUUCAGUUUCAUUUAAUGCAUUAGAAAUGCCCCACUUUAAGGCUCCAGCAACCAUCGUCUGCGGGAGGGCAUAACAUGGGCCCACCAUGCGAUGUCUCCGUCGUUUUCUUCAGAUGACCCGUUCGAUAGCAGCGUGGCUAGCUACCUUGCAUUGAACUUUUUUUUUUAUAGUAAGAAUCGGUUUUGUUUUUGAUUUUGAGUAGAAUUAGUUAUGCUUGUAACGCGCAUGCGAAUUUGAAUGCGCCUUUUAUUCAAGUAAGGUGGGCGUUAGAAUCGUGCAAAUACGGUAUUUCAAUCUUGGGGAUAUUUUCACGUCAGAGGCAUUUUGAGUGAUUAGUGCCAGACGGCAUCGAAGUCUAUGGCAAUAUCAUUUUUGUUCCAGUGCCAAGGACUCUUUCUUAGCAUGGUGCCAGGAACACUCUUACCCUUAAAUACCGACGUGUCCAACACUAUAGUCUCAAAAAAUCUCGCAGCAGUAAAAAUAUAUCUCUGAAAGAGAUUGUCGAGAAUGCCGCCUUAGCUCUGUAAAAGCAAAAUGCAGGUGCGCUCAAUAACUAUAUGUUACAUUUUUCUUUGCCGACAUUCACUUCAAAUUCACAUUUUCAACAGAAACGUUUGCAGACAGUCACUGUUGUGCUACUCAAAGAGACAUUAUACUGCAAGCUUCCUAUUGCAGUGAAAAUUUUACGAGUAAUUUUAUAUAAACUGUCAUUGACGUAAAUUCUUCACACUGCGUCUUGAUUAUUGAACUAGCAAUUGAAAACAAGGUUGCACUUCGUCCUACCCUUGUAAAAUAAUUAUUCCUUCUUUUUGUAUUUUAAAUGUUAUUGCACCCAUGUGGUGCCAUCGUUGGGUGAACUAAACAUUAAUUAUAUUUUUUAUGUUUCAGUCGAUAUUUCUGAUGUGCAUGUGUAUAAUAAAAAAGUUGGGCGGUUUUACCAGUAGCAAGGUUCUUCAAGUGAUGUAACAUACUUGGACAUAGCAAUUGUUAAUGCUUGAAGAAGUUCCGAUAUUCUAGGAAAUAUUUUUGUUUAGAGUCUUCAGUGUCGUCCCAGAAACUUGGUAAAUGGAACACAUUUGUGUGUGGUAUACUCAAUUCAUUGUUUAACAGCUGACAUCAGAACUAAUGUUAUUUAACUUGGCGUAUACUAUACAGUGGAAUCUCGUUGAUACUAUCUUCACGGGAGCAGUAAAAUAAGAUGCUUCAUCCGGAAAUGGUAUUAUCUGAAUAUAAUCUUAUAUAAGAAAAAAACGUAUUAUUCUGAAAAACAUAUUAUGCAGAAUCAUAUCGAGAUUCCACUGUAGUCCACAUUAAUGGUCAGUGCCACGAAAGGUGUCGUGAGCUUUUAAUGUGUGUUUUUGAUGCUGCCCAUUAAAAAAAUUCUGUAACUAAACGCAGUGAACCCAAGUGAAGCACCUGAUAGCUAGCUGGUACAUAGACAGUUUUACCAGGUACAAAGUCAGGCCAUUAUAUUUCAAUACUACUGUGCAGCAGUGCUAAUUAUACCAUAAUUUUAGUGAAAAGAAUUGCCUACAAAUAGUGCAGUAGAACAGAAAGAACUGAACUGAUGGAAUUUGAAAAUGUCCAGGGUAGAACCUAAAAGUUCUCAGUGAUCGAACACUUGCGUCAUGAACAUACUCUGUAUGAACAUAGUCUGUUCCCUUAAAAAAAGUAUUGAAUCAACAACCAUCAGAUUACAUAUUAAAACACAGCCUUCAA